AUGAGGGCAGAGCAAGAGCUGAGAACGUUCCUAGGAGGGCGUGUGAACCUGCUUGCCUCAGUUCACAGCUACUCGGGGCAGCCCCUUCCCAGUGACCUGAGCGCGGAGAACCACAUAUCCUGGCUCCUAAGUUCAGGCCAGCUGCUUCUUUGGGAAAAUCAACCAAAUUUAAACUUUUUUUCUAAUCCUGGGUUACUUCAGGGAUCUUUGUGGGUGCUUUUCAGUUCAAUUGCUCAGUUCUGUCCGACUCUUUGCGACCCAAUGGACAACAGCACGCCAGGCCUCCCUGUCCAUCACCAACUCCCAGAGCUUGCUCAAACUCAUGUCCAUCGAGUCCGUGAUGCCAUCUAA